GGGAAUGGGGAAGGGAAGAGCACCUUGUUGUGACAAGACCAAAGUGAAGAGAGGUCCAUGGAGCCCUGAAGAAGACUUGAAACUCAUCUCUUUCAUCCAAAAGUUUGGUCAUGAGAACUGGAGAUCUCUUCCCAAACAAUCUGGUCUACUAAGAUGUGGAAAGAGUUGUCGUCUAAGGUGGAUCAACUACCUUCGACCAGAUGUGAAGCGAGGUAACUUCACUGCAGAGGAGGAAGAAACAAUCAUAAAGCUUCACCAGAACUAUGGAAACAAGUGGUCAAGAAUCGCUUCUCAACUUCCAGGAAGAACAGAUAACGAGAUCAAGAAUGUGUGGCAUACUCGUCUAAAGAAAAGACUUGUUCAGAGCUCAGAAACCUCGCCUUGUUCAAGUAAUUCUGUUUCUUGUGGGAAAGAAGAUAAGUCUCAAGCAGAAGGUUGUUUGAACAAAAAGACCUCUCAAGACUUUACUACUUCAGUGUCUUCUGGUGGUUCCUACAACUCAAACCAGGAAGAUGAUCCAAAGAUAGGCCUCUUGUUUAAGUAUAGCGUGUUUAAUGACAUUAUUCAAGAGGUAGACAAACCAGAUCUUCUAGAGAUUCCUUUUGACUCAGAUCCUGACAUAUGGAGUUUCUUAGAUAGUUCAAACUCACUUCAACAAUCUGGUGCAAAUGAGUUCAGAGCAGAACAAGAGUCUGAUGAAGAUGAAGUCAAGAAAUGGUUCAAGCACAUGGAAAGCGAACUAGAGUAAGAAGAAGCUGAUAAUCAACAGCAUAAACAUGGAACACAAGAAGAAUCAUCAUCAUCAUCACUCUUGAAGACCUACGAGCUCAUGAUACAUUAACAAAUCCAAAUUAUGAUUUUACUAUAUGGUUUAAGGCAUAUUCUUAAAUUAUUAUCCUGGAUAUCAAUACUUGAAGGAAAGUUGGUAAUAUACAAAAUGUAUAUCAGUUG